AUGGUUCCUGGUGGAUUUUCGUUCAUCCAAAUGCCUCGACCUAGCUCCCGGCGCGGUGGUGGCGUCGCUGUCGUCUUCAAGUCAACUAUUGCUGCCACUCUUGUUGCCGACUCGCAAGCUUACGAUUCGUUUGAGUACAUGGACGUUCGUCUCAAGUUUGGCACUCGAACCCUACGCCUGUUAGUUGUCUACCGUCCACCGAAGCGCUCGGAAAGUGAUUUCCUCCGCGAUUUCUCCUGUGUUCUAGAGAUACUUUUAGUUACCCGCGAUGACGUGCUGAUUGUUGGCGAUUUCAAUCUUCACGUUGAUGACGAACACGACCAGUAUGGUCGUUCAUUCAUGUCUCUCAUUGACUCAUGUGGUCUGCAACAGCACGUUGUUGGCCCCACCCAUGAGCGUAGUGCCACGCACAAGCGCCACACUCUUGAUCUCGUCCUGUCUCGUCAGCGCAAUCAUCUCGUCUCCAAAGUGUGUGUCGGUCCCCGCGUUAUCAGCGAUCACCAUCCAGUGUGGUGUGUGCUCGACCUUCAUCCUCCUCGGUGGCUCACCAAGAAGCUCCUGACUCGCUCGCUGAAAUCUAUCGAUUGCGAUAAAUUUGCAACUGCGAUCGCCAACCUGCCUCUUCUCUCUGCGCCUUCCGACAACCUCGACGGACUUGUUGAGCAAUACAACAAUGGUUUACGUGCAGUGCUUGAUCUUCAUGCUCCUGUCCGGACCCGAACUGUAACUCUUCGGCCUGUCAACCGCUGGAUGACGACUGAGAUUCUCGAUACUAAGACGAAGCUUCGUCAUUUUGAGCGCUGUUGGCGUUCUCGGCAACUAGCGAUUGAUUUUGAAAUUUUCCAGACUCAUCUGCUCGCCUACUCUGAGAUGUUCAAGGCUGCUCGAACUCUUUUUUUCUCCAACGAAGUCCGUCAGUGUCGAGGUGACCUGCGCGCAUUAUAUCGUCUCGUCGGCGACCUCAUGGGUUCAACGACCAAGCCAUCACUUCCCACUCGCUCGAGUGACCAAGAAGUUGCAGACGACCUGAACCAGUUUUUCUGCUCCAAGGUCUCUGCUCUCACAUCGCGCUUUCACUCCGACACUGAUUCUCCUCGCUGCUCACCGCGACCAGCUACCAGCUCCUUCGUCUCCACUCAUGGAUACGACAUGCAGUUAAUCCGCUUUGUCCCGGUUUUGAGUGACGAUGUUACCAAACUCAUCAACUCUUCCAAAACGACGUCUUGCAGCCUUGAUCCUCUUCCCACACAACUGGUGAAAAAAUUUGUCCACCUUCUCGCCGGUCCGAUUUCUCUCAUCAUCAACUUAUCCAUCACUACUGGCUGCUUUCCUUCCACCUUAAAGCAUGCCGUCAUCACACCCCUCAUCAAGAAGCCUGGACUCGACCCUGAGGAUCUCGCCAACCAUCGAGCGAUUGCUGGACUCUCCUUUCUUUCGAAGUUGAUUGAACGUGUAGUCCACCGCCAACAAAUUACUCCACUGAGACUGCGCUUCUUGGACUCUACAAUGACCUUCUCUGCACUGUCGAUGCCGGCCAGGCCACUGCCGUCUGCUUCCUUGAUCUGA